GGAAGGCAGACAGGAUAGGUCCCUCUCUGCACCCCCGCCCUUUUUUUUUUCCUUCUCCCCGCGAAGCAGGGAAAGGGCGAGGCAAGCGGCGGCGUGUAUAAAAAGUGAGCCAACGAACGCGGUCUUCGCCUCGUCCUCCGAUCCGACUCCAUUCCAUUUCCGCUUCCCCACCCGUCGAGGAUCGUCUCCCGUCGGUCGGCGUCCUUCGCGAUCGUCUCGUCUCGUUUCGUUUCUCCUCGCAGCCAGCCUGCCUGCCUGCUUGUCUGAUCGUGGGGUGGGGGAUGGCGAAGCACUUCAAGUACGUCAUCCUCGGCGGCGGCGUCGCGGCGGGGUACGCGGCGAGGGAGUUCGCCAAGCAGGGCGUCAACCCGGGCGAGCUCGCCAUCAUCUCCAAGGAACCGGUGGCCCCAUAUGAGCGCCCUGCACUUAGCAAGGGAUACCUCUUCCCUCAGAACGCCGCAAGACUGCCAGGCUUCCACACGUGUGUAGGCAGCGGUGGAGAGAGGCUACUUCCUGAAUGGUACUCUGAGAAAGGCAUUGAACUGGUCCUGAGCACUGAGAUUGUGAAGGCUGACCUUGCCUCAAAGACUCUGACCAGUGCAGCUGGGGAUACCUUUACAUAUGAGACCUUGCUCAUUGCUACUGGCUCCUCGGUCAUAAAGCUCACUGAUUUUGGUGUUCAAGGAGCAGAAUCCAACAACAUUUUGUAUCUGAGGGAUAUUGCAGAUGCCGACAAGUUGGUUGCAGCUAUGCAAGCAAAGAAAGAUGGAAAGGCUGUGAUUGUUGGAGGUGGUUACAUAGGGCUUGAGCUUAGCGCAGCCUUGAAAAUCAACAACUUUGAUGUAACCAUGGUGUACCCUGAACCCUGGUGCAUGCCCCGCCUCUUCACUGCUGGUAUUGCUCAUUUCUAUGAGGGCUACUACACCAACAAAGGAAUCAAGAUUUUGAAGGGCACGGUUGCUGUCGGUUUCGAUGCUGAUGCCAACGGAGAUGUCACCAAAGUGAAAUUGAAGAAUGGAAGUGUUCUCGACGCUGAUAUUGUUAUUGUUGGCGUCGGCGGCAGGCCAUUGACGGGUCUCUUCAAACGCCAAGUUGAUGAGGAGAAAGGUGGACUCAAGACCGAUGCAUUCUUCGAAACAAGUGUUGCCGGAGUAUACGCCAUCGGCGACGUGGCCACCUUCCCUCUGAAGCUCUACAACGAGCAGAGGAGGGUGGAGCACGUGGACCACGCCCGGAAAUCGGCGGAGCAGGCCGUGAGGGCGAUCAAGGCGAAGGAGUCCGGCGAGUCGGUGGCCGAGUACGACUACUUGCCCUACUUCUACUCCCGGUCGUUCGACGUGGCGUGGCAGUUCUACGGCGACAACGUCGGCGACGACGUGCUGUUCGGCGACAACGACCCGGCCUCGGCCAAGCCCAAGUUCGGCAGCUACUGGGUGAAGGACGGCAAGGUCGUCGGCGUGUUCCUCGAGGGCGGGUCGGCCGAGGAGAACCAGGCCAUCGCCAAGGUCGCCAGGGUGCAGCCGCCGGUGGCCGACGUCCAGGCGCUCAAGGAGCAGGGGAUCGAGUUCGCUGCCAAAAUCUAAGCUCUUGGACAGGUGUAAAAAGAGAGAGAGAGAAUGGUGUCAAUUUUAGCUGAUUUCUUGGCAAUUUUACUUUGAGCUUUUGCUUCGUUGUACUGUACUGUAAUUCAGAAUAGUUGUUAGUCUCCUCCCUAAUAAUUUGGCCUUCUGAUGUGACCACCGUGGGAUGACGAUCCUACUAAUAAUAAUGUACGUAUUAUGUGAUCUGUA